AUGGACCAGUCGCCCGCCGCUCCAAGGGCACCACCUAACACCCCAGCUCAACGCCUGGGAUGGUGGCCAGAUGGCGUACUGGCUGAACCAGACACUCGGUUCACACCUCCGUACACCACACUCUCGGCUCUCGCGAACCUCGCAAGCCUCACGACCCUCCACAGCAGUCUGCACAGCGACAUCAGCAGUAUCAGCGACCUAUACACCGCGCUUGGCGAGCUCUACCACAGCCUCGCCCCUCUGCUGCCCUCACCUGGCCAGCUCUCAGGCCACGAGCACGCCAUUCCCCUCACGAAUCUCCAAGCACUCUUCACCGUCCACUUCUCCGAGGAGGGACAAUUCGACACGGGCAUCCUCCGCCUCCCAUCCCUCGAGCACGGACCGACGAACUUCUUCAUCUCCCAGUUCUCUGAUGUCAAGGAGUCGCUCAUUCACAUCAACCGCGCGGCGCUUGUGCACGGUUCCGUCGAGGCCUAUCCUGAGGUUCAAGCUACGAUGGAGCUGGCUGAUGAAGUGUUGGAUGAGCUGAAGGAGCGUCUGGUGACUGCAAAGUUCUACUUGGAGGCCGUGGACGGGUUGAAUGGGACGGCGAUUACGGAGGGGAGCGACUCGCAGAGGUACUGGGCUGUUCAGAAGAGGGAUUGGGAUGAGGCGGUUGACAUCAUGCAUCGCAUCGGGCAGCGGAGGACAGGGUGGGAUGUUACGGACGCCGAUCGGGCAACGAUUCGGAAUCGAGCAGGACGUCGAGGAUGA